CGCCCAGCUCAGUUUGCUCCGUUGUAGCUGCCAGUCUCUCCCAGGACAAGACCCGUCUCGUUCCAGAGAAGUCUGCACAGAGAGAAGAACCUCGACCGUAACAGAGAAAGAUGGCCCGCCUUGCAGUGUUCGUUCUUGCCGGCCUGUGCGUCGUCACGUUGCUACUAAAUCAAGUCACGGCCAGGGCAGUGGACAAAGCAGAGUUGCUGCAAAAGGUUGACGAACUGAGACAGGCUAUUGAAGAAGCGGACCUGCUACCGGCCGGAGAGGAUGAGGCCAACGAAGAAGAAGUAGACCUGCCAUUCAACAAUGACCCGAUCGGAGAGGUCGCCCGCCGCAACUUAUGCGCCAGUCUGAGGGCGCGCCAUACUAUUCCGCAGUGCAGAAAGUUUGGCCGCCGCUAGAUGGCACCCCGUAACAGGGCGUACUUGUUAGGACAGGUACUAACCGUCGGUGUUACCUGCCACAGCUAUAAAUCACGUUGUCUUUACUUAUCGUCAUCUAUAUAUUCUCAUGUGCAUGUCUAGUGCCCGACCUCCCCUUCGAAAGCGAUACUAUGAGCGAGAUAGAGCGCCGCAACAUGUGCAGAAACAACCCCAAGGCUCGCAAGAUGCCGCAGUGCAGACGGUUCAGAGUGGGGCGCCGGUAAACCGCCUGGGAGACUCUCAACCGGACAGAACGCUGGGACCUUCGACUCUCCUCACAACAGAGUGCGUAUAUAUGUUGGAAAUAUUGUGUUCAAAUUUUCACGACUGCCAAGUAUGUGUGUUCGAGCAGUGUUAAGCCUACAUUUCCACAGCUAAUAUUUGUAAACUGGACAAAAUUGGACCAAAAUGUUUCUAGUGGCAGUCGUAAGAAAUUGCAAAAUUUAACACUUCAUUUCUGACUGUUUGGAUGUUGUCUUUGGUCGCUGUUGUUUUGGAUGCUUCUCAGGAAGCAACAGAGGAGAGAGGAACGUCCUUUGCGUCAACUUCAUGGAACAUAGCUGGAACUAGAAAUAUGUCUUGUAAACAAAUGUACAAUAGAAAAUUGUUAUAGAUGCAAAGAUUGUGAGUAGUUUCUUGGCCACAGAUGUGUAAGUAAUAGUUCAUCCCUGAUAUCCCUAUCUUAAUUUGCACAUUUCACAUAUACAGCAUAACUUGCGGUCAAUGGUAAGAUAAGGGAUCUUGCUGUUACUGAUCUAGGUGAUUUUGAUGAAGACAGCAUAGCUAAGAUAACAGCAACCAGGUAUACGUUACAGCAUAAUCUGAUCCAUUAUCAAUUCUUAAAAAUCAGCUAAACAUCUGAUGAAAGAUCUACCAGCAUUAAACAUUUAAAAGUAGAUUACAUCCAAGUCUCUUCAAAAAUUGGGCAGUAAACCAAUCAGUAGGCAACACCAGUAAAUGGCUUAAUGGCAGAGUUUGCUUUGCUCUAUGUAGUUUUAUUACCAGUAGAUUACAACUAGAUACGACCUGGUAAUCUUUUCGGAAAAUGAACAUGUCAUUUGAUUUGGAAACUUUCCAUACAACAGAUGUCAAAGAGUCUGGAUGCACCAACCAAGCUGUUACUCAACAUUGUUCAAGUUUCACAGGGGGCACUUGUUUCAAAAGAUGAUGAGUACAACCAUCAUCAUUGUUUUGCUUCUGUAUCUGAUGUGUGUUGACAAUGUGUAAUAAAUAGUUGUCAUGUGA